AAUCAAGUUGGUUGGUUAUGGAACACUCCAAAAGUGUGUGUGGAACCGAAAGAGAAGGGACUGCGAUUCGCUGGUAAUACUAUAUUCCAUAUGAAUAGGACCCACCGUUUCGUAUAUCCAAGUCAACCGGUUCGCUUUGCGUGCAGGGAUACCAGCACACACAUUAAGGGUACCGAAUGGGACGUUUGCCUAAGAACGGGUAAAUGGAACAUCGGUGAUACGCUAUGUCCCGCAAAGAAAUUGAAUCUCAAUGCGGAUACAAACGGCACCAAUGGAUGCGCCAUCGACACAUAUGACGAAAAUCUAAUAAUCAAGCAGUGCCGGCAUUAUAAUUGUGCAACUGAAGUCUACCCGCCCAUAAAUUCCAUGACAGUACAGUUUUCAUGCAGGGGUAAUACCGUACUGUAUCCGAGUAAUUUAACGUUAUCAAAAAUUGAAUGCAAAGAUAAGCAAUGGAGUCGGAACAAAGUCCCCUAUCACGCUCCAACCUGUCUGAAGACAUGCGACGGUGGCCAAAUCGAUUGUCACGACAUGGUGCUGCCGAUAUGUACCCUUCCAGAAAUGAACUUUAAAUGUAAGGAUCGGAUACCAGUCGGCACUAUUGUGAAUUUGAAUUGCAAAUACGGUUCGCAAAGAUUGCAGGACUCAAUGAAUGUGAAAUGUCAGCCAGAUGGAACUUGGACUAAUAUAUAUGCUUUGAAGGACUAUUGUACAGAGCUUUGCGGCAUAGAUGAGACAGAUUCAACCCUACUAAGUAAGAAUGCACCAACAGUUCAUCCUCUGAAGUCGCCGUGGACUGUCCCGCUUUACACACGGAACGGAACCAUAUUCAAGCGUACAUGCAGCGGAGUUCGCAUAAAAAGCAACUUGGUGCUGACCGCAGCUCAUUGCCUUUAUACAGUCGACAAUAAGAUUCUUUCGGAAGCAUUAAUACGAGUGGGUAAUUCACUAAGUGAUCAAACUGUAAUGGACAACGACUAUAAUCUGGAUUUAGUAGAUCUUAUAAUAGUCAAUGAACGAUAUAACAGAGAACCCAUUGUUGGCGAUAUAGCUGUGCUAAAAUUGCGGCGAAAAAAACGAUCGUAUGUGCCCAAAGUGAUUUGCCUGCCUUGGACUUAUAAUGCUAAUUAUGAGAAAAACAUACCGCUAAAUCUUUCCGGAGAGGUCACCUCGUGGAACACUUCGGAUAUCACAUCAUCUGUUAAUCUGACCUUAACAACUGCCAACAAAAUCGAACAGAAUACCACCGAGGGUUCAGAUAUGUUCAAAGUAAAAAUCGGUCGUGGUGUUAAGCUAUGCUUAGGUGACAGUGGCAGCGCCUUUGUCGGUCCCUGUUAUGGAAGGUAUUCCGAAGCGCUUUCGACCAAAUGUUUGUAUGGCGUGGCGAGCAAUUCAAAACAAGGAUUAGAUACAGAUGAAUGCUCAAAUGUUGUUGAAUUCACAGACCUUUCCAUUUACAAGUAUUUUAUUAAUAAAGAAAUCGAAAUUGUAUUAGAUACAUGUCUGGAUCCUUAA